AUGUUAAAAAGAGUAUUUUCAACUUUUGGGAUUAACUAUGACAAACAAGCUCUUACUGAAAAACUAAAAAUGAAGGCCUGGCUUAUUCAUGAGUAUGGUGGUAUACAAAAUGCACAGCUUGGAGAAACUCGGCUUCCUAUUAUUAAAAGCCCUACAGAAGUUUUAGUUCAAGUUCACAGUGCUUCGGUUAAUCCUAUAGAUAUAUUAAUGAUGGGUGGUUAUGGUAACACUCUGUUGCAAAUUAUGAGGAAGGGUGAAUUAGAACUUCCUCUAACAGUAGGAAGGGAUUUUUCGGGUACUAUUUUAGCCAAAGGACUAGGUGUAUCUGAUGAAUUCAAAAUUGGUGAUGAAGUGUAUGGUUUUGUGCCUUUAUAUAAACCUGGAGCAUUUUCAGAAGCUGUUCUAACUGAUUCCUCAUAUAUCUUACCAAAACCAAAACACUUAAAUCACGCAGAAAGUGCAUCAUUAGUAUAUACAACUAUGACAGCUUGGAGUGCACUCUUUGUUUUCGGAAAUAUGCUUACAAAACAAAGGGAAGGAUUAAGAGUGCUAAUUUUAGGUGCUUCAGGAGGGGUUGGAACUUGUGCAGUUCAGCUGCUUAAAUCUCAAGGUUGUGAGGUUUUUGGUACUUGCGCUGAAGAUGCAGUGCCAUUGGUAAAACAGUUAGGAGCAGAUUGUGUCUUUGAUUAUAAAGACAAAGAUUACGUGCAAAAAGUAGCAAACGAAGGAAGGUAUCACAUAAUAUUAGAUGGUGCUAAAAUUGGUUCCCAAAACAUACCAAAAGAAUGGCAGUAUGAUACUUACAUAACGCUAAAUUCACCAUUAUUAAAGAAUACCGACCAAUUUGGAUUACUUCCAGGAUUGGUACAGAGUAUUAAUAGUUUAAUUAGUACAAACUUGGAUCGAUGCCAACAAGGCGGUAGAGCUACGUGGGGAUUUUUCGUGCCAUCAGCCAGUGGAUUCCAGUUCAUUCAUGAACUGAUUGUAAAUAAGAAGAUACAACCAGUUAUUCAUGAAAAAUUUACCUUUGAUAAACUACCAGAAGCUCUCGAAACCAUUGAAAAGGGUCAUCUAAGAGGAAAAGUGGUCAUCGAUUUUAAACAUUAA